GAUAAACGACCGUUGUCAUGGUAACUAAAGAAGCAAGAAAAAAUCUAAAUGAUGAUUGAGGAACACAAUAAGCACGCGCGCGCAAGACAGAGACUUUGAAGCAUAACUUUUAGGCAGUUCAAGGGAAAGAUUGAUCUAAUAGCUGCUUGAUGUUAUUCUGAAAGGCACGUCUACGUGCUAUGAAACACAUAAAAAAGAUAAAAAUUUUGCUGUAUUCUCUUAAGGUUUAGCAGAAGACGACGAAAAACUGAACGCAAAUUCAAGGCUUAAAGCGCUGAGAAUGUGUCACAUUAAACGUAAAGCCGAAGAAUAAUGGGCGGAAGGGAAGAAGGAAGUUGAAUAUCCAAAAGAGAGCGCUUUGGACACGGAAAGUCAUUGUGCAAUACCUAUACCUUCUAGUUUCAAGGCGACAAAUCUGUGGCUCUCAUUUCAGUAUUGACCAAGUGAAACUGUAUAGCAAGCGCGUUCGACAAAGUUUAGAUCGGUACUCGAGAGGAGAUCACGAAAUGUUUGGAAAACGAGGCUCAAGUCAACACGAGGUACACGAGUGAGAAGCUGAACCGAUUGAACCCUAGCCAGUUUACAACUCCUGUAACAAGUCAGUUAAAUAACGCAAAUAAUUAAAGAGUGAAUCAGCACAUUUAGCGUAGAGCAGGAACGAUGAAUUCUACGAAUCUAACUUUGAACGCUACUCCAAAUGGAACAAUGCCUGCUCCGUUACCAUCGCUUGCUCAAAGAGUCAUCUCGGCCAUCGCAAUAUCGGCCUUGAUAAUACUAUCGAUAUCGGGCAACGCCCUGGUCAUAGCGUCUUUCUACUUCUACAAGAAGAUAAGACGUAGUGUGACAAACUGUUUUAUAGUCUCACUGGCCGUCAGCGACCUAAUGGUCGCGUUCCUAUCCGAACCAUUCUGGCUGUCCUACGAGAUAGAUCACUGGAAUUCUUUACCCAAGAAUUGGAAUGCUAAGACAUUCUCCAUGUUCUGGGUGAUUUUAGAUAUAACAUGUGCAGUCGCGUCUAUCGUUAAUUUAAUGUUCAUCUCAAUCGAUCGGUACUUCGCCAUUAAGAGUCCGUUAUCACACCACACCAAAAUGACCCCAGAGACGUCGAUAUGGAUUAUCCUGGCUCUAUGGAUCUAUUCGAUAGGGGCAGGGUGUCUGUUCUUACUGGGAUGGUACUGGAAGUUCCUCAUGAUAUUUAUUAUCGGCUUCUUGGUGCCAUUGAUUAUAAUGGUUUUUUGUUACGUAGGAAUCAUGGUCGUCAUCUCUUCCAAAGCCAGACUUUCCAACCAGGUGGGCACAACCCGACUGGACAAAGAAUUCAAGACGGCCAAAAGCUUGGGGGUGGUGACUGGGUCUUUUGUCCUCUGCUGGCUACCGUUCUUUAUGUUGUCGCUAGUGUACAGGUAUUGUAUACCUUGCGUAGGUGACAUCGAGAGACUCCCUGCCCUCACAUCAGCCGUCAAGUGGUUACACUACCUCAACAGUUGCCUCAAUCCUAUCAUAUACGCAUUUUUGAAUCCUACCUUCAAAGUCGCCUUCAGGAGUCUGUUUCGUAAAUUCUGUACGAAUCCGAACAACUUCCAUGACGACAUGACGGUCUCUGCUUCGUUCUUUCAAUCUGCAAACAUCAAGAGAAAUCGCAGCACCUCACAUCGGAAUGGCCAAGUUGGAAAUGGUGUGUUAAAGUCCAAGGGCAAGAAAGGAUUUUUUUUUCGUCGGAAACACACCCUAGAUGAGUCUUUACAGGAUUCCAGCUCUGAAAAUGUCAACAAAAAGGUCAACGAGAACACAUACAUCGAAAAAGCCGAUGUUUUGACACCUUGUGCAACAGAAUCGAAUAUUAAAGAACCACUUUGCUACAGCCCAAGGGACAGCCAACCCCCUACAGAAGACAACGCACGGCAAGAACGUCAUGUUCAUUAUGCCGACGACUUCAAGCCGAUCGAAACAGUUCCUCGACCAUUGGAGAACGUAGAUUGUAACUCGAUUCUGAGCGACUCAAAUAAUUCAGAGAACAGUGAAAAAGAGAGUAAGGAAACAAAGGAUCCAUCUCCAAACGGUUACAGGCUGUUGAGUAAAAGAAAGAAUUCUACGGAUGAACUAGACCACCAUUUAAGCACCUUGACGGAUACGACUGAAAUUUGUACAUACCAUGAUCAAGAAAGCGAUCAAUUUUACUUUUACGUUGACGGGGAACUCAUAGCGGACAAAGAUAUCAAGACCUCCAAUGUUUAAUCGAAAUCCCCUGCGGAAUUGGGCGAACCUGCAAUUCGCGAGGACAAAAUUAAUGGUCGUACUACUGGGAACAUUUGUCCACCAAGGCAUAUAGAAUUCGAACGUUUGAUCAUGGCACAAAUCGAAGCUUUGAACAUAGUCCUGUUAUCAUGACAAUGAAAUAUAAAGUCAAAUCAAAACAUCAAAAACGAGAGUCGGUGCCAAAAAGAUCUACUUUGUCUGCCGCUCAGACUUACAGAAUAGAUGAGUGUGAUGCGGGUACCAUGGUUUGACACGUGACCAUAUCUGGUAUGUGACGUCAAGGAUUCAUUCAUCACGUGACCAAUGUAAUGUGCAGUAUCAAGUUAUUCAAAUGCAACAGCUUCAACGUAUAAGAUACAGCACUCAUCUAUAAGGGGAAAACAAAGAUUAUAAAAACCCGGAGGUAAAUUUCGUACAAGUGAAAGAAAACACAUAGCUUUGUGGCCUGAACCAAUCAAAAUGCACGAAAUGGCAAGCGGACCAAUCACAGUGCUUGUAUACAUUAUAGCACAGCACGUUCCGGCAUGAUUUUACAAAUUAGCCAUUCCGAGGUUGAGCGAAAAAAACUGGGUCGAGUUGGCUUUGCAGUGCAUUGUGGGACUGUUUGAGGAACAUUUUCAAGAUAGCGUUUAUUUCAUCCCACAAUGCACUGCAAUGCCAAUUUGACCCAAUUUUUACCUCAAACUAAGAAUAGUUAAUACAAAUCGUGCUAUGAUAAUAUCCAUAUUAUUGACGCAUAUAUUUAUAGUCCCCAAGGACAAAGUUAUUCUCAUCGUUGUUUAAUGUCUUAACGUAUUUCUCGAUUGCCAGGCAGUAGAGAUAAUAAGUAAUAGCAAAAGUUAAUAUAGACAGAAUGUACUGGUCAAGUUUUCUGUAAAGUUAUCACUCAUAUUUGGGCAACAAAUGGCAAUUCAGUUGCAACCUAUCGCGGGAUUUUGAGAAGUCUUUUCAUACGGAUUCUUCUUAAGGCUGCGCCGCCCAGAUUUCCCGCCGCGCCCGUCGCUUUAGAUAUCUAGUUGAUCAUUACCACAGUGCGUAAUCAAAGUAGUUGAAUCCUGUGCUGCCUAGGUGUUUGCAACCACAAGGUUCUUCUUACCUUAAUGCAAACAAUGGCCUGCAAGCUUGAGCAUUACUAAAGAUUAAAUAUUAGGACUUAAACAUUGCUAAACAGUGUAAAAAUCAUCAGGCGUUUAACGUUCGCGCGAUAUCCAAACUAUUACAGCUGUACGUAUGAAUUCUUGCUUCAGUAAUUUCUGUAAAGUUGGAAGCUAUUCGGCGUAUUUCUCGAGAGGAUUAGCAUAAUAUCAUCAAGAUCGUCAUUAUGACAGUCAUGACAAAUCAUUCGCCUUUGCCACAGUCCUUAUGACGUAACCAUGUCUUGCCAUGACGUAUAACGAAAUGUAGCACAAAACCAUGCUAAGAAGUAUGUCAUCCUAGAACACACACAUAACGUGCAUUCAUAACUCAUGACGAAUUUGACAUACUCUAAUUAGGUACACGACCUACUUCCGCCUUGUGCAAUGACUUACACACGUGCCACAACAUAUACAUGACGUAACUGACAUGACGUUUCAUGUCACACAUAUGACGUGUUUUUCGAGUUCCAAAUUGCCGCUGUUUUUCUUGAUUACUGGCUCACUUACUCAGGCUUAGCCUAGUAUCAGUGUCUAAAUAUCACAAAUACCAACGGUAAAGGAAUGAAUGCAUAGCUUCAAAAAUACAAACACUUUGAAAUUCCACGGACCUUCACUAGAACACAUGAACAUUCUGCAUAAAGUCGAGGACAACCCUGAGCAACCGAGAACUCGAAACUCAUACGUCAUAACUUACUAUGAUGUCAUUAUGCUGGCUCUAGUCUAAUCCUACGCUAAUGGCUUUCAAAUACUAAAUACUUGAUAUUAUAUAAAUAAAUUUGUAAGAAACUGGGUUUUAAGGAAAUUAAGAAUAUAUCUACUUGAUUAGUUCAGAUUAGCAAUAGAGAAUGCGAAGCUGAUCAACUCUUUGGUCAUCUUGGUAAUCAACUGAAAUAAAAGCGCUAGACAAGUAUGCCAUGUAAUCUUUGAAUGCYGCAAAUAUUACGUACUCUAUACGAGAUUGCAACCAAUGCGUCACUUGUUUAUGAAGGUCUAAAGCGCUAACUGAACCACUACGAUUAAGAUCAAGUAGAGAAAACUGACUUUUAUCAAGGCUACUAAGAUAAUAUUAUGCAUUUAUAGCAACGCGUUUGGAAAUGGGGAAAGUUCUAUAAUUUAAGAGUUCUGCAAUAUC